AAGUGAAGCGUUUGUCCUCCCCGAGCCACGCCCUUCCUCUUAUUGACCCAUGUCACACACACAGGGUUCAGCUUCCUCCCACAGUCCCCCUCGCGACAGCAGCAGCUUCCUGGUUCGUCUGUCCCACGGCUCUCCUCGUCCCACCGGAAAAUGCGGCUUGUGGAUCGUUUCGUCAUGGAUCUCACAUCUGUCCGUCUCCUGAUCGUUCUUGGUCUUGUUGUUGCCGCCCAAGCUCAAAGCUGCACCAAGCCUGUGCCUGGAGCCAACAUGGGCUUGAAGACCAGUGACAUUCUCUUGGAAACGUUCCCGAAUGGCGCUGUGGCUUCUUUCAUCUGUAAUGUUGGCUACACGUCUGCAGGAGGGUCCCCAUCCGUCACCUGUGUAGACGGCAGCUGGACUCCCGUGAAGCUGAAAUGCGAGAAAAAGAGCUGUGGCUCUGCUGGAGAAGUUCCUCACGGAAACGUUGAUUAUCCUGAAGGGAAUGAAUUUGGUGCUGAAGCUCGGGUGACCUGUGACCUAGGUUACAAUUUGGUUGGUAAUCCAGUCCUCCGGUGUAGAGACCAAGGGUGGGAUGGCAGGUUGCCUACAUGUGAAGCAUUAACUUGUGAUCAGCCACCGCUGAUUUCAAAUGGUGAUUACGACCCCAAAAAAGAAGACUACGGAUAUUCAGAGGUUAUACAAUACUCUUGCCAAAAAACGUAUUCACUCAGAGGUGCCAAAUCCUUAACAUGUUCAGAGAAUGGAGCAUUCAAGCCUGAUCCUCCGGAGUGUAUCAUUGUUAAUUGUGACGAUCCUGUUGUUGAAUUUGGUAAAUUCCUUUCGGGUUCUCGACCCCCCCAUACACUCUCGGCUAGUGUGACGUUCGAGUGCAUUACCGGAUACCACAUGGUGGGAGAGAGGACACAGAUAUGUGACAUAAAUGGCAAAUGGUCACCCGGACUUCCAACAUGCAAAUUGUCCCCCACAACUAAAGCUACUACCACCACCACCACCACCAAGGCAACCACCACCACAACUUCAGGGAAACAAACGGUGUCCCCCACAACUAAAGCUACUACCACCACCACCACCACCACCAAGGCAACCACCACCACAACUUCAGGGAAACAAACGGUUACUACUCAACCAACUGACGCACCUGGGAGUGGAAGUGGCGACUUCAUGAAGUAUGGUCUUCCAAUUCUGCUCAUCAUUUUGGUGAUCAUUAUCGCUGCCAUCACCUACUCCUUCAUCAAGAAAAAACGCGGCUCUCAGCGAAGUAAACCCGACAGUGAGGCUCCAAAACAAGGAGAGGAUAUCCCACUCUCGAAGUAAGCAUUAUUGUCCUGGUGGCUCAGCUGUACGGGAUGUAGUGAUGAUCUGAGUGGAAGAGGGUCGACCCUGGACGAGUGUGUGCACCUGAUUAUGGCUUUGAUUCGGAGAGACACACGUGAUGAAAUGUCCUGAGAUCUCUGCAAACUGCGCUCCGUUCUCAGCUACUGCUUGUUGCUCUAGUUAGUCGACAGUAAUGUACAUAUCUGAUGCUCUUUUUAAAUUGCCUUACUUAUUCCUGCCCGUAAUGAAGGCUAGUUCACAAGUUGUUCUUUUGUCUUAAUAUUAAUUGACAUUGUGUUUGUCAGAGAAGCUUCAUUUCCCUAUAGAUUUUUAUAUACUUUUGCACUAAAACUCAAGAGCAAAGCUCGGGCCACUGUAGCAUGAAAUGCAGCAAUGGUCUGGAUUGAGAAAAAACUGAAUGUAUGCACUGCUCACCUUUUUAAAAUACAGCCGCUCAGUUUAAAUAACCUUUAAGUGUGAUGCUGAAGAACCAAUCGAAUAUUUCGGUCACUUGUUUCAAACAUAGCUUGUAACGGUAGUGGAUAUUGAUGGCACCCCUCGUAGAGGGAGGGGCUCCGAGCCGAUAAACCAGUCCUUUCAGAAAGGUGGGAUCGAGCCUCGUGCCUGCCGAACGUGUGGUGUGUUUUAAAUGCCUUAUCCCAAACAGACCUUCAACUGCUAACUGUUAGCUAAUGAGGCCUAAUCGUGACUCUACUAAAUGAUGAGAUGUCAUAUAUUCACCAGAGUCUGAACAAAUUCCCCACUCUACUGUGAGAAACAGGAAUGCUGCCAGUGUUACACGUUUUGAUGGUGGCUACAUCGAGAUGUACAGAAUGUGAUUUGUUAAGGUUUUAUUUAUUUGUCAAAAGAGAAAUUAGAAGUUUUGUGUAAAUUUUCCCCUAAAAUAUUUUGUAAACAUGGAUGAAAUAAAAGUGUUUAUGAUAA